AUGACAGCUCCAGCAGCUGCGAAUCGGCUCACUUUUUUGUACCCGCACCUUUUCCGCGCGGGGGGUCGUUGGUCAGAACCUGCUGCUUCCCACGCCGUGCGCUCUUCCCGUCGCCGUAACGGUAACGCGCCCUCAGCACGGCCGCCAUCAUGUCAACAUGUGGCACACUUCACGACCCCUUCGGUGGGUAGGCAUGCCCCGUUUGCAAAGAGGGCGGGCAAAGGGAUAGAACCCAUGACGUUGGAGUCUGAGAAGCAGCAAGCGAAGGAGGCGGCUGAAGAGGGGAAGCCAGAGCAGAAGGAGAGGCGCACUGUGGAGGAGAAGUCGGAGCCGAAAGGGAAACCGAACGAGCCAUUGAAGACGAGGGCGAAGGGAAAGCCGAAGGGAAAAGGAAAGGAGGAAGUGACACAACAAGCCGAGAGCGUGAAAACGAAGGCCGCCGCCGCCGAGACACCACCAUCGAAACCAGAUGCUGCCCCUCCUCCCUCUGGCGAAGCAACUCAACAAACCGCUCAGACCCCUCAACCCGACCUCCCGUCAACCAUCGAGUUGCCCCCGCCGAGCGACAUCGACCCAGUAACCCAGGCCAAGCGUGGCAGUCCUAUGGAUGAGAUCUUGCACAUGGGACCCCCCCCAGACUCCACCAGCGCUGAGGGCACCAGCGAUGCGGCUUCCAGCAGCAUCCCUAACACCAGCACCAACCCACCCAACGGCGCAACCACCGAUCCGUCACCCUCAACCUCCGCCACUAAGCCCCCACACCUCGUCCCCACCCAGUACAUCCACCACUUCGACUCUUACACGCUCGUCAAACACCUCACCGCAGGCGGCUACACCCUCCCGCAAGCCAUCCUCUCCAUGAAAGCCAUCCGUACCUUGCUCGCCUCCAACCUCGACGUGGCCCAGGCGGGACUAGUAUCCAAAGCCAACGUCGAGAACGAGACCUACCUCUUCCGCGCGGCGUGCAGCGAGCUCAGUGCCGAGGUGCGCAACAACCGGCGCGUGGCAGACGAGCAGCUGCGGCAGCAGCGCACCCUGCUGCAGCACGAGGUGGACAUCCUCACGCAGCGGCUGAACCAAGAGCUGCUGACGCUGACGGAUAGCGUGAGGGGGAUGUUUAAUGACCGGGGUAUGGCGGUGCGGGAGGAGCAUAAGACUGUCGAGAGCCGGAUCCAACAAAUCAACUACAAAAUCUCCGUAACCCUCAACAGCGACGCCAAAUCCGACAUCGAGGCCCUACGCUGGGUUCUCAUCCGCCGCUCCGUGCUCGGCAUCAUCUUCAUGGCCGUGCUCACGCUCGGCACGCUGCGGUAUGCGACCUAUGUCGGCCACCGUCGCACGCAAGAGGCCCUCGAGGCCGACCGCCGUGCCCGUGAGGCUGAGGAGAUGAAGAAGCAUGAUGGACGGUCGGAUCAGUCGCCGGGGCCGGAUGCGGCUGAGAUUUUGGCUGCGAGUUAG